UGGUGAGGAGUCAGCAUCAGCAUCUCUCCGCUGGAUGCAGAAAACCGGAAGGAUGCUGUGACACGGAGGAAGCGUGUGGAUUUUAUUGUGUUCCGCACAGUUCCGUCCUCAAACCACACUACCACCGAUCAUUUUGUGGUUGUUGAUCUUUUCUCUUUUCGAUAUCUGCCAUGUUCCCAUCGUGUUGUUCUAAACCAGCGGACAGCGGCGCUAAGAGGAGCUCCAUCGCAAAGCUGCUGCUCGGGGUCUUUGUGGUUUACACGCUGCACACCGUGUGGCUGCUGUACGGCUUUCUCAACACCAAACCCUGCGAUGGAGGCAGAGGAGAGCACUGCAUCGCCUCUUACCUGACAGCAAGACCCAGACUACAGAUGAGCGUCUUCACCUGCCUCGUGCCCGACAACAGCCAACUCAACCUUGCUGUAAAAAUAGACCCGUUUGACCCGCAUUCAACAUUUGAGAGACAGGUGAAUGUCUCUCUGCCAGAGGAGACUCGGACUAAUGGCACUCUGUAUGCAGUCGUCUAUGUUCACAAAGCUGGUGUUUCACCUCUGGAAGACAGCAGAGAAGUCCACUACGCAGCUCAGCUCACCACCUACAUCACUCCCACUCACACCGAGGGGCCGAGAGACAUGCAGAAGAGGCAGAGUCCCAGAUCAGAGAAUCCUGUAUCCCACUGGAGACCUCACCUGUCAAUCACUAUGAUGUCAGAGGACUUCACCUUCAACAAGGCGGGACUUCCCAGUGAUGUGCGGCGCUACAUGAGAGUCUCUCAGGAUGGCCGACAGAUGAUCUAUCUCCCUCUGCUGCUGGUUAAUGAACUCAACUUCAGAGUCAGAGACCUCAUGGAGAUCAGCAGCAGCACUGUUCAGCUCCCUCUGACUGUGUCCUACGAGGGAAUCUCUUUGAGGGGGUUCAGGUUCUGGGUGCAUCUACAGGACGUGGUUUAUUCCCUUCGACAGUUUGGCUUCACAGAGGAGAACGUAGAUGAGAUAAAAGAAACUCUGGUGGGCUCCAACCUCUACCUGUUAGUGUUGACUGCGCUCGUCACAGCUCUACAGCUCAUCUGUGAAUUCUUGGCUGUUAAAAAUGACAUCAGCUCAUGGAGAAAAAAGAAGAGCAUGGCGGGAAUGUCCAGGAAGUCUGUUCUGUGGCGUAGCCUCAGUACUUUGCUGAUUUUCCUUCAUCUGCUAGAGGAGACCAGUCUACUAGUGCUGCUUCCUGUUGGACUGGGAGCAUGUGUGGAGGUGUGGAAGGUAUUUAAAGUGUUUAACAUCCAGUGGACUAGCUCCAGACUCCAUGUAAAAAAGCUGGAUGAAGAGGAAAGAAAGACUGUGGAGUAUGAUACACAGGCGUCCAGAUACUUGUCCUACUUGGUCUAUCCUCUGUGUAUCAGUGGAGCUUUUUUCUCACUGGCCUACUUACGUCAAAAGAAUUACUAUUCCUGGUUGAUCAACAGCCUGGUGACUGGAGUGUAUGCCUUUGGUUUCCUGUCUAUGGCUCCUCAGCUCUUCAUUAACCACAAGUUGAAGUCUGUGAGCCACCUGCAGGGGACAGUGUUGAUGUACAGAGGAGUCAAUACUCUGAUCUCAGAUCUGUGCUCCUGUGCCUCCCUUUUCUCCUCUUCUCUAUCCUUCUCCUCCUCUCAUCAACUUUCCUGCUUCAGAGAUGAGCUGCUCUUCUUCCUCUACCUUUACCAGCGAAGGCGUUACGCCCCCAAGGCCAGAAGGCGAGAGUCUGGGACCCUCAGCAAGAAACUAAAGACUCAAUGAGGAGAAGACAAAUUCGUCUUGUUCUUUUUUG